AUGGAAGACGUAGAAUAAGAAAAAUUUUUAGACUAAGCUCGUCAAAAAGUAAAAGAAUAAUCAUAUUUUAUGAAAAAAGGUUUAGAACAGGUAAAUCUAAAGGAAGGUUUGCGACAUAGUGCAAUCAUGUUGGAAGAACUAGGCGUAAAAGAUCAUUAAUCAUUAAAUCCUAAAAAUUAUUAUAUACUUUUUAUGCAAAUAUUUGAUGAAUUACGUCUAUUGGAAUAAUACUUCAAAGAAGACUACCGCAGAGGUCGCAAAAUGAUUUAUUUAUAUGAGCAAGUUUAACAUUGUAAAAAGUUAAUUCCUAGGCUAUAUCUUUUGAUUACAGUAGGUUCCGUAUAUAUAUAAACACAUGAGGUCGGGGCUAAAGAAAUUCUUAUGGACCUUUUAGAAAUGAUAAAGGCUGUAUAACAUCCAACUAGAGGGCUAUUUUUAAGAUAUUAUUUCCUUAAAAUGUGCAAAGAUAGAUUACCUGAUAAAGAUUCGGAAUAUUGUGGAGACGGCGGAGAUAUUCAUGAUUGCAUAAAUGUAAUAACGAGAAAUUUAGGAGAAAUGAAUAAAUUAUGGAUAAGAAUGAGCGGUAAAUCCAAAGGUAAACCGAAAAGAGAAUAAGAAAGAAUCGAUUUAAAACUCACAGUAGGUGAAAAUUUGCAUAGACUAAGUUCUUUAGAAGGAGUCAAUUUAGAACUUUACAAAUCAACUGUUUUACCAAAAUUAAUAGAAAUUGUGACUUCUACAAAAGAUGCGAUUUCUUAAUAAUUUUUGGUUGAUUGUAUUAUUUAAUGCUUUCCUGAUGAAUACCAUUUGUAAACUUUAUAAGAUAUGCUUUAGGUAUGUACGAAUUAACUUGAUGUGAAAGUAGAUACUAAGACUAUUUUUAUUAAUCUUAUGGAUAGAUUAGCUGAAUAUGCGAUUAGGUAUGAAGAAGUUUAAAGUACUUUUUAUUCAGAUAACAAUAUCUAUGUUAUGUUUAAAAAUAAUAUUGAUAGUAUGGUUGAAAAAUCUUAAAAUACAGAAUUUAAAAAAGUGUUAGAUUUAAUGGCAGCUUUUUUGAAAUUUUCAUUAAAAUGCUACAAAUCAAAUUCAAAUUAUGUUAAUUAAAUUCUUAAAACAUGCGCUAUUAUUUGUGAAAGAUAAUAAGAAUAGGAUUUUUAAGAUGAUUGUUUGAAAAAUAUUGUUAAGUUUUUAACUAUGCCGUUAGAAACUAUGUCUUUAUUUAUUUUAACUAUGGAUGAGUAUCCGAAUUUGAUGAAAUAUCUACCAUUUUCGAAAAGAAGAUAAGUUGCUAUUAAAAUAUCUUAAGCUGUUGUUAAUUCAAAAAAACAUAUAUCUGAUAUAAAUUUAGCUAACUAAUUAAUUUUAUUCAUAAAUCCACUUUUAGAAAGUUGUAAAGACUAUGAAGAAGUAGAAUAAUAUGAAUUUGAGCAAGAAUAAAAUUUAGUAAGUAGAAUGGUUCACUUAGUUUUGGGAGAAAAUGCAAUUGAUUAUUUAAAAAUAUUGCAAUUAUUUUUAAACAAAUUUAAACAGGGAGGAAUUAAGAGGCAAAAAUACACUUAUCCAGCUAUUAUGUUUGCUUUGGCAAAAUAUACACAUUACGUAUAUGAUUCAGGAUUUGUAGAUGAAUAAAUUAAUUUCUAAACAAUUUUUUAGACUAUGAAAAUUCUCAUAGAUGCAUUGGUUAGUGAAAAUCCUACUUUUGCUAUGAAACUAUAUUUGUAGUUUUUGUCAAUUAUUAAUUAGUUUGAUUAAUAGAAAUCAGUAAUAUUUUAUUUUAUAUUAUAUAUGCAUAUAAAUUACAUAUAUAAAAAGUUGGAUGAAUUUACAUAUGAAAUAGCAUCUUAAAUUUUGACUAUUUUCCAAGAUGAGCUAAGUGAUGCAGAUAUUAAGCUUUAAGCUUUGUAGAUUAUUAUAGGUACUUUAUCUAAUAUUACAUGCUUAGGAGAUGAAAAUUAUGAUACUUUGGCUACUAAUACAACUUAGUAUUCCUCUAAAUUAUUAAAAAAAUAAGAUUAAGUUAUUUCGAUUUUGAAUUGUGCUCAUUUAUUUUUUAAUGAUUAAAUUGUAAAAUAAAAUAUAUUAAUGAAAUGCUUUUAAAAAUCAAUAAAAAUUGCUGCUACUUUAUUAAAAGCUAGCCCAAAAAAUAUUGGAGUUUAUUUAUAUAUCCUUAAUAGAUUUUUCGUGUUUUGGAAUCAUUUCGAAGUAUAUAUAAUUUAGUAUUUUUAUAAUUUACAAAUUUUUUAAGGUUAAAUAUGA